GGGGCUUCCUGCAGCCGCAGGGACGAGCUGGCCGGAUCAUGGCCCAGGGGACGGUGAUCCACGUGACCCCAGAGCAGCCCACCUACGCCGUAUGUGUGCUGGGCACCGAGCCCCAGCUGGAUGUCUGCGGCUCUGCCCCCACGGGCUGCACCUUCUUCAGCAUCAACGCCUCCCCAGGGGUGGUUGUGGAUGUUGCCCACGGCCCUCCAGCCAAGAAGAAUCCCACAGGUUCCUCCAAGUGGCCCCUGGACCCCGGGCUGGAGGUGAGCCUGAGGAUGCGGGCGGCCAGCAGCAGCAUGGGCGACCAGAAGGUUCAGAUUUCAUACUACGGACCCCAGACCAACCCAGUCCACGCGCUGCUCUACCUCACCGGGGUGGAAAUCACCUUGAGCGCGGACAUCACCCGCACCGGCAAAGUGAAGCCCACCAAAGCCGGGAAGAACCAGAGCACCUGGACCUGGGGCCCCCGCGGGCAAGGCGCCAUCCUGCUGGUGAACUGUGACAGGGACAACCCCCACACCUCCGCCAUGGACUGCACAGAUGACCGGGUGCCUGACGGAGCAGACGUGCAGGACAUGUCCCUGGUGACGCUGAGCACGCGGACGCCCCGGGACUUCUUCUCCAAGCACCAGCUGGUGCUCCACGUGGCCAAGUCCGAGAUGGACAAAGUCCGAGUGUUCCAAGCCAGCUACCAACGUGACUCAGCUGACAUUGGUUUGGCGACAAACCAAGUCCUUGACUCUGCCAAGGCAUCACCUCCUCCAGGUAGCCUUCCCUGGCCCUCUGGGCUUCCCUCCAGCACAGCACGUAUUGCCCUCUGUAAUGCUGACUGUCUUCGCUCCUCCCUACUCACCCAGCGACUGUGCACUCCCUGGGGACCAGGACAGGGACGGUCUUCUUGGUCUCCCCAGGUGUCAGCUUGCAUAGACGUGCAGGACAUGUCCCUGGUGACGCUGAGCACGCGGACGCCCCGGGACUUCUUCUCCAAGCACCAGCUGGUGCUCCACGUGGCCAAGUCCGAGAUGGACAAAGUCCGAGUGUUCCAAGCCAGCUUAACUUCUCAGCAGCUCACGAGCACCUGCUGCUAUGAGCUCCCCAAGGCCCUGGUGUUCCAAGACAGUGUGGCUUUCCGUGUGGCCCCCUGGAUCAUGACCCCCAACACUCAGCCCCCGAAGGAGGUGUAUGUGUGCAGGAUAUUUGAAAACGAGGACUUUGUGAAGUCAUUGACCGCUCUGGCCAAGAAAGCCAGGUGCAAGCUGACUGUGUGCCCCUUGGAGGAGAGCAUGGAGGACCAGUGGAUGCAGGAUGAAAUCGAGAUCGGCUACAUCCAAGCCCCGCACAAGGCGCUGCCCGUCGUCUUUGACUCUCCGAGGAACAGAGGCCUGAAGGAGUUCCCCGUCAAGUGCCUGCUGGGUCCAGAUUUUGGCUACGUGACUCGAGGCCCCCAAACAGGGGGCGUUACCAACCUCGACUCCUUUGGGAACCUGGAAGUGAGCCCCCCGGUCACAGUUGGGAAGAAGAAGUACCCGCUGGGCAGGAUUCUCAUUGGGCACAGCAUGUACCCCAGCGCCAAGAGCCAGGAGAUGCACCAGGCCCUGCAGGACUUCCUCGCUGCCCAGCAGGUGCAGGCCCCUGUGAAACUCUACUCCGACUGGCUGUACGUGGGCCACGUGGACGAGUUCCUGAGCUUCGUCCCCGCGCACAAGGGCUUCCGGCUGCUCCUGGCCAGCCCCAGGUCCUGCUACAAACUGUUCCAGGAGCAGCUGAAGGAGGGCCAUGGGGAGGCUCUGCUGUUCGAGGGGGUCAAGAACAAAAGGCAGCAGAAAAUAAAGGACAUUCUGUCAAACAAGAAACUGAGAGAACAUAACUCCUAUGUGGAGAGCUGCAUCGACUGGAACCGGGAGGUGCUGAAGCGGGAGCUGGGCCUGCGGGAGCGGGACAUCGUGGACAUCCCGCAGCUCUUCAAGCUCCGCACGGACUUCACAGGGACCCCCAAGGCCGAGGCCCUUUUCCCAAACAUGGUGAACAUGCUGGUGCUGGGCAAGUACCUGGGCAUCCCCAAGCCCUUCGGGCCCAUCAUCAACGGCCGCUGCUGCCUGGAGGAGAAGGUGCGGUCCCUGCUGGAGCCGCUGGGCCUCCACUGCACCUUCAUCGACGACUUCACCCCGUACCACCUUCAGCACGGGGAGGUGCACUGCGGGACCAACGUGCGCCGCCAGCCCUUCUCCUUCAAGUGGUGGCACAUGGUGCCCUGAGCCUGUCCCCUAGGCGUCCUCUUCCUUGGGAAGCUCCUGGCCAGAGGCUCUGGUCCCCUGCAGUGUGGCAUAACAAGAGUUCUUGGGGACACGUUGGCUCCCCAGGGGGAGGCCCCCCUCCAGGCAGUGGCUUGCUUCUGUCCCGUGUCCCCUCUGAAGAUCCCAAGAUGGUCCUGGCAUUGCAAACUCAGUUCUGCUGUGAGAAGCUGCAAUAAAGUUUCAUAAUAAUCACUUUGUA